UUUCGCAGGAUUUUCUUAUCAAAAAAAAGUUUCGUGGCCAGCCAGUGUUCGUUCGCUCGAGGAUUUUCAUUCAACUGGAAGCUGUGACGACAUUAUACCUACCUACAGGUAAAACCGGAAUAUUCUUAUCAAUUUCGCGAAUCACAAAGCGACCAGUCAUCUAAUCAAUUAGUGCUGCGCGCUGUACAUAGGUACUGAUAAAGAAGACGACGUGGUGUGCAUUUUCUUCGUUUUGGAAGUCAAGUGACUUAUCAGUGCAAGCAAGAAAGCAGUUCAAUUCUCUUCGAUUUGUGAGGAAGAUGUCCAUCGCUGCUGGCUCAAUAAGUGUUGGUCAUCUGAGGAGGAAAUGGCAACUGUGGUAAAGCCCGAACCAUUGGACAUGGAAGGGGAAGUCGCGGUCGGUGAUAGGGAACCAAGGGACGACGAUAAGCUGCAGAUGAUGCAGACGGACGAAGAUCCCUUGCUGCAGGAGACGAUCAACGCGCUGAUAAGUGGAUCCGGGGGCAUUGAAGCCGUUUCCGGUGGCGGAGUGCCUCCAGGUGACGACGUUGAUAACGAAAGGAACUACGAAUGUAACUUCUGUGGCAAGUUGUUUACAAGAUCCAACACGCUGUCUUAUCACCUGAAGGUUCACAACGACGAAAGACCGUACAAGUGUGGAAGUUGCGAUAAGGCGUUUCGGGAGCAGUACCGGCUGACUAAGCAUCAGAAGACGCAUUCGAGGGAAAUGGGUGGGCAGCAGGACCAAGAAGCUGAACAAUCGCAAGAUUCAAGUUUCCCUUCGAUUUCUGGACGCGCCGGUGAGGAGGAAGAUUAUACCACCGGAGACAGCGAGCGAUUCUUUAGGAACUAUGCAUUGCAAGAGGAGACCGCGGUUAUGAAACUGGAACCGGACAUUUCCCUCACUGUAGAUAGUGGGUCCACCAAUACAGGAACGCAGUCUUCCAGUUCCGACAGCGAUGUUCGGUAUCAAAUAAUCGAGGAGCGCAUCAAGUCUCUUCAGCGGGAAGUUCAUUUGGUCAAUCAGAACCUUAAUCGAGUCGAAACAAAAAUAGACGGAUUGACCAAGAUUAUGGCCAUUUUUAUCAACAAAUUCGAUGAAAUUGAAACUCAGCCAAACAACAACUCCAACGCCAUGAUUCCCAUUCCGAUGAUUUCACUUCCACUGGAAAAUCUCCAAAGUCUUCAACCGACGACCCCUCAGCCCACGGUCUCUGUCAACGUUCCCUCGCAGCAACAAUCGCAACCAUCACCAGCCGUACCAGCCCCUUUGGUGACACCAAUUCAACAACCAAUUCAGAUGAUCACAACCCAUCAUCAUCCGGUAACGAUGGCCACGGUCACAACCGUUCCGCAGCAUCAACCACAGUUCAUUGGUGGUAACCUGCAUAGCGUUAUGGCAGCAGUAUCAGCAACGGCUGCCAACAACCAUAACAGCCCACCACUACAGCAAACGAGCGCAAUGCUGCAGAACACCACCCACAACAACAACACCAUUAACAACGAUACAUUCCCCGAGGUGCCAGAACUGCCGAUUCGCACGGUGAACGAUUUCCUGGAUCUGAACGAUCACUGCACCGACAAUGAGCAGUUUCUGCUGCAGAUGAUGAUCCGCCUACAUCAGGAAGUGGAUAACUCUCAACCCCACCAGAGAAAUAUAAAGAAAAUGAUGGAAGCCCUCGUAACGUACGAAGUUCUCUGUCAGUUCAGCUGGAGUGGAAAAUCUGCCAUCAACGGACAGUACACCAAAUACGUGUUCGGCAACAGCGUCGGCAUCAUCGAUCUGCUGACGAAAACUCUAAAUCUGGGCAAGAGUGACGAGGAGGCCGAAGCCAACCAGAAGCCCAUAUUCACCGCCAUCCAGAGCUUCAUCAAGCACUCGCGGCAGAAUAUGCUCCGGGACAGCCGGAAACGGCGGGACUCGAACAGUGGGCUCAGCCACGCUGGCGCUGGCUACAACAAGUGGGACAUGGGAGGAGCCAUUCACUGUGGAGCCGAUCGGCAGUUGAAGCCUUCGAUAGCGGCGUCGGCGGCAUCACAGCAACAACAGCAAAUCAAGCUCGAAAAGCAGGACCUAGGGAAUGGUCAGCAGCAGUUCUAUGAUUGAAUAGGCGGGGGUCGUACUACUGUUAGGGGCACGGUGCUUCAUUUACCGUUUAUUACGAAAUAAAAUGUACGAUUUAAGCAUCA